CGCAUUGGCUUCUAACAGAAGACUGCUCUUCCGAGCCACUAGUCAAACUAAUUUUAUAGUGAAAUUAACAUUGACGGGAGGAGGAGUGCAGCCAAAGCCGUUGGAACUUGGAAAUAUCUAACCCUAAGCUGUCUGUUACUGCGGAUUCGAGCAAAAUGCAGAGAAUUUCCAAUGCUUUGUCCCCUCCCAAUCCUUCAUGGUUCACCCCGAAAAGGUUACUUGUUAUCUUUUGUGUGGUUAACUUGUUAAAUUAUGUGGAUCGAGGAGCAAUAGCAAGCAACGGAGUAAAUGGGAGUCGUGGAACUUGCUCAAAAACUGGUCCAUGCACAUCUGGUACUGGAAUUCAGGGGGAUUUUAACUUGAACAAUUUUGAAGAUGGUGUUAUAUCUUCUGCUUUCAUGGUUGGACUUCUUGUGGCUUCUCCAAUAUUUGCAUCCUUAGCAAAGAGCAUUAAUCCAUUCAGGCUUAUUGGAGUUGGAUUGUCAGUUUGGACUUUUGCUACAGCUGGUUGUGGUUUUUCAUUUGAUUUUUGGUCCAUCACUAUCUGCCGCAUGUUAGUUGGUGUUGGUGAAGCUUCUUUUAUAAGUCUUGCGGCUCCAUUCAUUGAUGACAAUGCCCCAGUUGCUCAGAAAACAGCAUGGCUUGCAAUUUUUUAUAUGUGUAUACCUGCUGGAGUUGCACUUGGCUAUGUUUAUGGUGGACUGGUUGGGGGUUACUUUAAUUGGCGUUUUGCAUUCUUUGGGGAGGCUAUUUUGAUGUUACCAUUUGCUGUCCUAGGUUUUGUUAUGAAACCAUUGCAGCUGAAAGGUUUUUCUCCUGCUGAAUCGAAAAUAGUGCUUACAGAAAUAGAGGCAGCUGCCUCAAAGCUUAAAGAUGAUUCAACUGGUAAAGGUGGUAUACCAUCUGUAAAGGACUUCAUAGAUCAAAGCUCAGAAGGACCUUCCAAAUUGAAAUGUGUAUGCGUUAACCUGGAUCAGUUGUCAAGAUUUUUGAAAGACAUCAAAGUGCUCUUGCUUGAGAGGGUUUAUGUUGUAAACGUUCUAGGUUACAUAGCAUACAACUUUGUCAUAGGUGCAUAUUCAUAUUGGGGGCCAAAAGCUGGUUAUAAUAUAUACCACAUGAGCAAUGCAGACCUGAUAUUUGGAGGGCUUACAAUUGUUUGUGGAGUAUUUGGAACAGUAAUGGGAGGUUAUGUUCUGGAUAAGAUGACUUCAACAAUACCCAAUGCUUUUAAACUUCUCUCUGUAGCAACAUUUUUGGGUGCCAUGUUCUGCUUCUCCGCAUUCUGUUUCAAGAGCCUAUAUGUUUUCCUAGCUCUUUUUGCCAUUGGUGAACUACUUGUAUUUGCCACGCAGGGUCCUGUAAAUUAUAUAUGUCUCCAUUGUGUUAAACCAAGUAUGAGACCACUCUCCAUGGCUAUGUCUACUGUAUCAAUUCACAUCUUUGGCGAUGUGCCUUCCUCUCCACUUGUUGGGGUUCUCCAGGAUUAUGUUAACAACUGGAGGGAGACAGCUCUGAUUCUGACAUCUGUUCUGUUUCUGGCUGCUGGAAUAUGGUUUAUAGGGAUCUUCCUUGAGAGUGUGGAUCGAUUUAAUGAAGAUAGUGAACAUGAUCGGGUCACGACAGUAGACAGGGCAGCAAGCACAACACCAUUGCUGGAAGAAAGAGCAGAAACUUGCAGGGAGCCGUGAAAGUAAUUUGCCCAAAUACGCUAAGCACAGCAGCCUCAUCAUCUUCUUCUGCUCGGCCAUCGAUCUCUUCUUCUUCUUGAUCAUCAGCAAGCAGCCAUCAUCACCCUAGCUCGAUCGGUCGUGCUCGGUCAGUGCUUCAAGUGAAGUGAUGUUGUGUUGAAGGUCUCUCAAUCAGAACAC